GGGGGCGGGGUAGGCGAGGGGCCGCAGUAGAGGGGCUCCAGAGUUGAACAGGGCUGCAGAAGGAAAGUAAAGUUUGAGAGAGAGGGAACUCCAACAGAGGAAAGAAGAAGAAGAGAGAGAAAACAAACGAAAGACAGAGAGAGAGAGAAAGAGAGAGAGAGGACAAGAGGAAGACGGCUGGUCUGCCAUGGCCACCGGAGAAAUUAAAACUCUACCCGCUGGCCCGGCGGACGGCGGCAGCAGCGGCUUUCCUCCAGGAACCUUUAAGGAACCCAAACGGCUCUACUGUAAGAACGGCGGCUUCUUCCUGAGGAUCCUCCCGGACGGACGGGUGGACGGGAUCCGGGAGAAGAACGACCCGAACAUCCGGCUGCAGCUCCAGGCCACAUCAGUAGGCGAGGUGGUGAUUAAAGGCCUGUCGGCUAACCGUUACCUGGCCAUGAGCUCCGACGGGAGGCUGUAUGGAGUGAGAAGAGCGACUGAGGAGUGUCACUUCCUGGAGCGUCUGGAGGCAAACAACUACAACACCUACAGAUCCCGUAAAUACCCGGAUUGGUACGUGGCCCUGAAGAGGACGGGACAGUACAAGAGCGGCUCUAAAACCGGACCCGGACAAAAGGCCAUCCUCUUCCUCCCCAUGUCCGCCAAGACCUGAACCUCACCCGUACGAGAGGCCUUCACUAGAUCCACGUGAAACGUGAAAAAAAGGGGAUGUGGAAUCACACAAAUCUUACAGUAUAAAAAAAUAUAGCUUUAAUUAGUUACUAGUACUCGAACGAAGCCACAUUUUUUUGCAGACAUUCAGCCACAACGUGGAAAAACUGAAAAACUUGAAGCUUCUUUCACGAGCGUGUGGAAAUAUAUAUUAUAUUUUUGUUCGUAAGGCUGGAAAGUUCCAGAGCUGCAAAGGUUUAGAGGGUUUUUCUGAGGGUUCAACAGUUUUUUUUACUUUAAAUACAUAAUGUGAGUUAAAUCAUGCUGCUUCUGUGACUUAUACAUAUGAUCUAGAUACAGCUCUAGGAAAAAAUAAGGAGCGCACUUUUAAAGUAAAGUAAACAAAACUAUAAAAAAAAUCUUCCUUUAAAAGUCAAACGAGUGCUGGAGGUUAAUCUACACAGAUUUUCUUUAGUGAAAACUGAUUUUUUGGGUGAGUAAAGCGCUUCCGUUUAUUUACAGUAAGCUUAGAUUCCCAAUUAGAUUUCUCCAUCACUAAGGAUGGAUCAUUAGCAUUAGCGGCUAACCACUAGUGCUAAACUGAGAAUCCCUGAGUGUUCCGGUAAGCCAAAGUGAUAUUAGCUAGCGGUUUGUCCCACGUAGCUUGUUUUAACAUGGUAAAUGUAAAGGCUACAGGUUGAUAUCGACGCUGUCCAAUGAAAAACACUUAUCUCCAUUUUUGUCGAUUUUUAGUUUACUACAUAAUUUGAACAGACAAACUGUAUCUUACACUGUGCCAAAAUUUCUUGAUGAACAGACCAAUAGAAACUCUUAAAAACUACCUGAAAUAAACUCUUUUUACAUUGA